UGUUAAUCAAAAUAUGGAUAACCAAACAAAUAUUAGAAAUGUGUUUUUCCUUGAUGCGUUUUUUAACAUCAGACCGAAGGGUCUAUAUUUCGUUAUAUUUCUUACCAUAUACCUUGUAACAGUGAUUGCAAAUGUACUGAUCAUCAUCGUAACAAAUAUAGAUUUUCAUCUUAACACGCCAAUGUAUUACUUUUUGAGGAAUUUGGCUUUCUUAGACAUUUGUUAUACUUCUACAACUCUGCCACAUAUGCUCGUCAGCUUUUUAAUUGAGCAUUUGCCUAUUACAGUUCCUGCCUGUAUUGUCCAACUUUACUUUUUCCUAUCUUUGGCAGCUUCUGAGUCCUCUUUAUUAGCAGCAAUGGCAUACGACCGGUAUAUUGCCAUUUGCAAUCCUUUGAGAUAUUCAGUUAUUAUGAAUAAGAAUGUUUGUCUCUAUAUGGUUUCUGGAAUUUGGGUAGUUGGAAGCAUAUAUGGAGCAAUUCACACUGUUAACACUUUUAGAUUACCCUUUUGUGGCUCUAGAAUCCUUCACCACUACUUUUGUGACAUCCCAGUUUUGUUAAAGGUCUCCUGUACUAAUACAUUCUCUAAUGAGGUUACUGUGUUUGGUGUUGGUGGUUUACUAAUGAUUGGCUGUUUCCUGGUGAUCUUGGGGUCCUACAUGCACAUUCUAUUUAGUGUCAUGAGUGUUCAAAAGGGACAUGGGAGAAACAAAGGCCUUUCCACAUGUGUAGCACAUCUAGUUGUUAUUCUGCUCUUUUAUGGAAGUGGGAGCUUCAUGUAUUUCCGUCCAAAGUCUGAUCUACUAGCAGAUAAGGAAUGGCUUCUCUCUAUUUUCUACAGCAACAUUACACCUUUAUUCAAUCCUAUUAUUUACAGUCUAAGAAACCACGAAGUCAAAGGAGCUUUUAGAAAACUCUUUAAGUGUUUAUACUGACAUAGAUGAUGUUAGUGUUCUAAUUAAAAAUUAGAUUUACAUGAAAGCUAUGCUUAUUGCACUUAUGUACUAGUAAGAGAGAUGAGGUUUGAUAUUGCCAAUUAAAGAUGGGCCGAAUGACCCCCUGUUCGGUUUGUGGCAGAACAUUUGAACAUCGCAAAAGUUCUAAGCCGAAUAAUGAACCACAUUAAAGUCUAUGGGACCCGUAC